AUGGCUGUGGUGGGGUCCCUAUCAAGAAUCGCCAGGUUAGGCUCAGACAUCUGCAGAAACCAUCGUUUGAUGCUGGGCAGAAUCUCACAGAGACGAGGAAUAGCUUCAUGUAUCGACCCUGCUUAUGGACUCACAGAUGAACAGAAGGAGUUUCAAAAAGUGGCUUUUGACUUUGCGGCCAAUGAAAUGGCUCCGCACAUGGCCGAGUGGGACCAAAAGGAAAUCUUCCCAGUUGAGACGAUGAGGAAAGCCGCCCAGUUGGGGUUUGGUGGGAUCUAUGUUCAACCAGAUGUUGGAGGAUCGGGCCUUUCUCGUCUGGACACGUCGGUCAUCUUUGAGGCUUUGUCCACCGGAUGUGUGAGCACCACAGCCUACAUCAGUAUCCACAACAUGUGUGCCUGGAUGAUCGACACGUUCGGCAAUAACGAGCAGAGGGAGAAGUUCUGUCCUGAUCUCUGUUCCAUGGAAAAGUUUGCAUCUUAUUGUCUCACUGAGCCAGGCAGUGGCAGCGACGCCGCCUCGCUGCUGACGUCUGCUAGGAGAGAAGGUGACCAUUACAUCCUAAACGGAUCUAAGGCGUUCAUCAGUGGGGGUGGAGACACAGACGUCUACGUGGUGAUGUGCAGGACAGGAAGCAAAGGACCAAAAGGCAUCUCAUGUUUGGUUGUGGAGAAGGGAACGCCAGGCCUCAAUUUUGGGAAAAAAGAAAAGAAGGUCGGCUGGAACUCUCAGCCUACCAGAGCCGUGAUAUUUGAAGACUGUGCGGUACCAGUGACCAACCUGCUGGGUGUGGAGGGACAGGGCUUCAACAUCGCCAUGAAAGGCCUGAAUGGAGGGAGGAUUAAUAUUGCCUCCUGCUCUCUGGGGGCUGCACAUGCCAGUGUGCUGCUAGCAAAGGAUCACCUGCUGGUGCGCAAGCAGUUUGGGGAAACACUUGCCAACAACCAGUUUCUCCAGUUCAAGCUGGCAGAAAUGGCCACCAAGCUGGUGGCUUCUCGGCUUCUGGUGCGCGAGGCAGCGACGGCGCUACAGGAGAAGCGGGCGGAUGCUGUGUCUCUCUGCUCCAUGGCCAAGCUCUUCGUCACAGACGAGUGCUUUAACAUCUGCAACCAGGCUCUUCAGAUGCACGGUGGCUACGGUUAUCUGAAGGACUACGCAGUGCAGCAGUAUGUGCGAGAUAUCAGAGUCCAUCAGAUCCUGGAGGGAACCAACGAGGUGAUGAGGAUGAUCAUUUCCAGAAAUCUGCUGGCAGAGUCGUGA